CGAGAGAAACGGGCUGAUUUCCUCUACUAUGGAUGGGGAUAUCUACGAUCAAUUUGGGGAGGCCAUUGACAGAAGGCUUGGAGGACUGAGAGCUGAAGCCCAACGAAGAGCGGCAGCGGAACCACCGCCCCUUGCCAUGUUCAGGCUAUGGCAGAAAAAUGAGGAACCACCGUUUGGGGUGGAAGAAGUGGGAAGUGAUGAGGAAGUGACUCAAGGGCUACGAGGAGGAAGUGAGACAGAAGAGGUCAUAAUCAUCGAGUCAGAUGACGAGGAGGAGGAGGAAAGAACGGAGCCUUCGUCUGUCUUAUUUGAGAAGAUGAAGAACUUGCUGGAUAAGAUGGGGAGCGCCUGGGCGACCCAGAGUAAAUGUGGUGGGGUCGUGCCCACAACCAGGGAUAAGGGGGAGACCCUCACUCCGCAAGCCCGGCUGGCGCAGGCAGCGCGAACGAGGAAUCAAGCCAAAGCCAGUACCAGCCAAGAGUCUCCGAGGGGGGACCACGAACCAGGAAGGAGGAAGGAGGCUGUGGAAGUAGAGGACGACGAUGACGAAGAGGAAGAGGACGAGAGGCUGCGCAGAAAAGAGGAUCAAAGAGCGGAGCAGCGGACAAGGAAAAAUGGGAUCAGGGGAGAGGCCGAACCGGUCAUACAGGACGGACCACCAAAAAAGAAGAAAUACUCGGUCCGGUUGGAAGAAGAAUUUGACGUAGAGAAGGUGAUUGACCGGCUGCUGGAAGGGCAUAAUGACCUCAUGACCCUGAAGGAAAUCCUAGUGUCAGCCCCGCGACUCCGUGAUGAACUGAAGGGAAGGUUAUCACGACGCCUGGUACCCAAUGUCCACCUGGAUACGAUCCUGCCCAAGGAGGCAGAGUGGGCAGAGUCAGGUACGAAGAUGGACAAGAAGUGCGUAGCCUGUGGUACAGUGGAUUUGAUGGUGAAGGGUUCCAAGUGCGCAGCAAUGGUGGACACCGGGGCAGAGAUGAACAUUAUUCGGGAGGCGGACGCGAUCAGAUUCGGGCUGGAUAUAGACCGUUCUGACUGCGGUAUUCUGCAUGGAGCCAGCUGUAAGGCCAUGUUUUGCGGGACAUCCUCGAAUGUGCUCGUCGAGGUUGGAAAGGUGAAGGCUAGGGCAUGCUUCUUUAUAAUGCCAGACAUGGACCAUGGAAUCCUCCUGGGGAGGCCGGAUGUGAAGAAGACGUACAAGAUUACUGAGUGGCCAGUUCUGUUCCACUCAAUAACUGAUGUCAGGAGCUUCCUUGGUACGUGUGGAUUUUGGAGGGUCUUCGUCAAGAACUUUGCCGCUAAGACUGAACACCUGAGGAAGUUAGUCCGUCAGGAUCAGGAAUGGGUAUUGGGUAAAGAACAAGAAGAGGUGGUAGCAAAAAUGAAGGAGGAAUUUCGAGAAGGAGGGUUGGUGUUAGGAGCGCCAGAUUAUGACGCCACAGAGAUGCGACCCUUCAUUGUCGAAACGGAUGCGGGACCGACUGCCUUAGGGGGAGUUCUAAUUCAGGCAGACAUGGAAGGGAAGGAAAGACCCUUGCGUUUUGAGAGCCGGACUCUCUGUACGACGGAGAGGAACUACUCUCAGUUCAAGAGGGAGACCCUUGCUGUCCUCCAUUGUCUGCGAAUCUUCUGGAAUUAUAUAUUUGGCAGGAGGUUUAUUUUGAGAGUGGAUCCGACCGCCCUGGCCUACUCUCUAAGGAAUUACGUUCCAUCGGAUCCGACAAUUGUCAGAUGGCUGACGUACAUCUGGAUGUUCAAUUUCGAAUUGGAACGGAUUCCUGGUAGUAAGAACCGGGCGGACGGGCUGAGUCGGAUCAACUGGGAUAAGCAGGAAGGGGAGGCGGUGGAGAAUACGCCCCCAGUUGAUGGAUUUCAGGAUCAGGAAGAAGAUGUUCGUCUUCAUAUCAACAAAUGGUCGCCGCGAGUGCCUAGCUGUGUAGGCUAUCCUACCUGGCAAGCGCCGAAGGGGUAUGAAAGGAGGAAUGAGUUAGUCCUUAAGCCCUUUAAAGAAGAGGAUCCCUGGGGCGGUAAGGAUGUUCAGUGGAUGAUGGAAUUAGCGUUGGCCAACUCGCAUAGCCUAGUGGAGGAUAUGAGGACGAUUGAGGAAGGACCUGGCCAGGUAAAACGGCAUGAGGACUUGAUGGGAGGAAUAUAUCUCCUCGUCAAUACGUUAUUGCAGGAAAGCCUAGACCAGUCAGGCUCGUUAAGCCCGGCAGGGAAUGUGAACGAAAUACCCGGGAGCCAGGACGACGAGUUCGAAGAAGGGGAAAUUAAGGAGGCUUUUCGUGCAGAGGAGUACGACGGGAUCUACCUAGAGCUGGGGCUUCUUCUGUCAUGUGAAAUGCGGCUAAGAGAUGCGAGCGAUAGGGCUCAAAUGAUGCUGCAACGCUACUUAGUGCGAGACGGUCACCUUUUCGUGAGAAGGGAAGUGGGGAAUCCCAGGAGGGUCGUCUGCGGUAGGAAUCGUCAGAUCGACGUCAUAGCAGCACUACACGAUGGCGUUGCAGGAGGGCAUCGAGGGGUACAAGCCACGUAUGCCAAGAUAAGUGAGUUGUACUACUGGGAUGGAAUGAUGGACAUGGUCGGAAAAUUCUGUCGAUCUUGCGUACCCUGCCAGGAGAGAUCCCGUUUUAGGCAGGGAGAGCCGCUGCAUCCAAGGUUAGAACGAGAGGUAGGGGCCGUAGUGCAUUUCGAUCUGCUUUUUAUGCCACUUGGGGAUCAGGGCUAUAACUAUAUCUUUGAUGCGCGCGAUAACCUGUCAGGGUUCGUAGACGGGCGUGCUAUUCGCACAAAGACCUGGUCAGUCCUGGUGAGCUGUAUCGAGGAGUACUACCUGCGUUAUCCUUUUGUCAGGGAAUUCGUAAUGGACAGGGGAUCAGAGUUUACCUGCCAGGAGGUGCAAGAACUGUUAGCAAGAUAUGGUGUGGCAGCCAGCUAUACCACGGCCGCGCACCCCCAGGCAAAUGCUCCCGUAGAGAAAGGACACAGUACCAUUACGAACCUCCUGGCCAAAUUGACCGAAGGUAAGCCUAAUCAAUGGCCAAGAUACCUAAGGGCGGCUUUCUUUGUCGAGAACAUUACAUUAAAGAGAUCCACCAAGUACGCACCUGCGACGCUGUGGUACGGAAGGCAUGCCACCUUCCCUAUUGAAAGUUUUCUUAAGACGUGGAGGCGCCGAGAUCUGGAAGUCAACUUGUCAUUUGAAGAGUUGCUCGAUAUUCGGGCGCGGCAGGUCGGGGCGAUAGAAGAAAGGAUCCAGGAGGCAUCUGACCAGGUGGCGAGAAGCCGUAUGCAUGAUAAGGCCCGAUGGGAUCAGUCUGCGCGAGUGAGGAAAGUACCCUUGACAGUCGGGGAUGUCGUGCUUCUCUACGAUACGUCGCUGGAGAAGCAGUGGUCCAGGAAGCUCGAUAAGAGAUGGUCUGACUUUACGAAGACAGCCAUGCCAAGAGGAGGGAAGGGGACGCGGCCGCCUCAGAGGCCGUUGGGCGCAUCAGGAGGAUAUGAGCGACAUGGGUCUCGCCAACGAGAGAGUACUCCAGUCUACAAUGAUGGGGACAUCGAGUUAUUCCUGGACAGUUUCUGGGAGCAUGCGAGGCGUAUGGGCUGGACAGUCACUCAGGCAAUUGAGAGAUUGAGGGGAGCAGGUAGGUUCGAAGAGCCCAUUGCCAGGAUUCGUAGGGAGGGGACGACGAGGCAGGAGGUGGAGAUAAGGGUGGAGGAGUUGCGACCCUCGCCUGUGGGACCUGAUGGCAGACCGAUCUGCUUGGAGAUUGGAAAUGCGUCGGACUUCAUCCCCGCGUUUGAGUGGUUCAUGCAAGAGCAAGGCAUACAGAGAGAUGAUUGGAUGCAGACACUACCACUCUGGACCAGGAAGGCGGAAAGGCCACUGGCUAUGCAGAUCAGGGACAUAGCACGAGAUUCGGAAAGCUGCAGGGCACAUUUGAGAGAGGCCUUUCGACGGCCAGAGCUCCCUCAGCCCAGAAUCGAGAGGCGGCAGAGGAGUCAGAGGCCGAGGGACCCUGAGCCCAGGGAGGCGAGACCAUCUCGAGGAGGACGGAAGGCCCUAGCCAGGAGAGAGCAGGAGCCAAAGGAUGAGGAGCGAGGGGCAUACCCUGAGUGUGGGUUGGGGCCAGUGGAGUUCCGUCGUUUUACUGAGGGUGGAUUAAGGAGGUCGCCAGCACACACACUGGGGGAGUCACCAGCGUCAGAGGGGCCCUUGAGGGAAUUGGAGAUGCAUUUAGAUAUUUCUCGGUGGAGGGCGUCGCUUCAGGGUGAGAGGCAUGGAGAGCAGGCAAAGGAGGUGCCACGAGAGGAGGUACCACAGGAAGAGGUCCGGGGUACUCAGCGAGAGAGAGGGCUGGGCGAUGAGGGGAGACGUGCAGGGAAAGAAGUGAUAGAGGUUGAAGAGGACACGCCCCCACAGACUCCAGCAGUGGCUAGCAGCUCAUGCCCUAGAGCACCCAGACCUGGAGGAGCCAGCACCUGCAGAGCCACGCCAGAGUCAUAUCAGCCCGAGAAGAAAAUGGAAGCAGAAAUCCCAAAGAGAGUCGACCUCCGCACGAGGGAAAGGGUGCCAGCUGGAGAGACGGCUGAAGAAAAGAGGGCAAGACGAACCAGGCGGAUAGAUGAGAUAUGGCAGGAGAGGCAGAGGUUGGAGGCAGCAGGGGAGCUCCCGGAGCAGCAGCAAGAGAGGCAGAGAUCGGAGGCAGCAGGAGCACUCCCGGGUCAGCCGCCCAGCGCACCAGCUAGGGCCCCAGAGAUUCCUGAGAUAUGGAGGGACUUCUGGGAGCAGAGAGGAGAGGAGCUUCCAUCGCCAGUCAGAGCCAGGUUUGGGGUGGCCAGGAAGGCGGAAGAAAGGUUAGAUCGUAAAAUCAAGUUCCUGACCAAUACCACUUUUGACCGGCACUUGUUAUUGGAGGGCGAUCUGGUGGGGAAAAAAAUGAAGGAAGCCAGCUAUGAAGUACGUCUGGAGGCUAUGGAGAUGGAAAUUCAGGAACUUAGGGUUUUGGUGGUCAGCCAGGCAGCUAUUAUUGAGAGCCUGAGGCAGCAAACCCAGGGAAAGGCGGACAGACCAGAGAGCAGCCGGCAGGGAGAGCAGAGGCAGCCAGGACAGGGAUUGCCAGGACAGCCAUCUGCGUCAGAGCCUCGCCAGGAGCCGCCUAUGGGGAGAGUUAUCCUGGAGCCAGAGGAGGCAAUUGCCCAGAGACAGGCAGAGAGAAAGGCGUUCGAGUUUAGAGCCCCUACUGAGCUCGUGACGCUGCCGGUGGCGGCGGCAGGCCCGAUCGUACCUUUGACAGUAGAGGAGGGACUGCCACCAUCUAGCAGUGAGCCGGCUCAGGGCUCGGCAGAGGGAUCCAUGGGCGUGCUCCUUGAGACGGUGCAUACUAUGCGGGAGGAGGUGAGUUUGUUUUCACCUGAGCAGAGGAUAGAGGAGCCUCUUGAGAGAGAGAUGGGGAUUGAGGAGGAGGGUGCCAUCGAGGGCAGACUCCAGAGGAUAGGCACACCUGAGUAUGGACCAGAGGAGAUUGAGGAGCAGCCCACGGAAGUGCCAGAGGCGACACUCGAGAGGAGGCCUCAGAGGUUGGACACGCCCAAGUACAUCCCAGCGACAGAGGAUUUGAGAGGCAGGCUAGGAUCUUGGGCUGCUGGAUCUGAGUCUGGUGGACCGGUUCCUGGGAUAGAGCAGCAGGAGGUCGCUAGUACCGCAGCUCCUCAAGCAGAGCAGCAGGGGGUUGUUAGUACCUUGGUGGGUUCUCCUUCAUCGCUACCUCCUCAGCCCAGGAAGAGGAAGUUCAAAAGAAAGGUAGAUCAGCUAUGUUUUUACUGCAAAAGGGACGUGCAUCUGACUUUGGACUGUCUCGAGUUUCUUGAGGGUAAGGCAGCAGGGAAGAUCUUAGUGGUAGGGGGUAAAAUGUGUGAUAGACAGGGUAGGAUAGUAGAGAAGUCCGCAGAUGGACUUAGGGCUCAGUUAUAUAGCCAAAACCAGGAGGAGUUGAGGAGGUAGGGCUCGAUUUUGUCUAUAUAAGUGAGCGAGCAUUUUGUGAGGUAUCAACUUAGGUUCUAUGUGAUACCCUUUUUAAC